UCAUCACUAGCUACAGGGCGUCACGACACGUCGUAAUUAAAAUUAAUUAGACCAGCUCGCUAAUUAACUAUACUCUUCGAUACAAAGUCAACUCCAUGCGCACAAGCUAGAGACGAAUGCGAAGAAGAAGAAGAAAACUUAGAAGAUGCAACUAUAUAUCAAACAUAUAUAUAACGAGAUAUAUAUAGUAUUAGCAAAGAAAGAGAGAUAAAUUAAGGGAUAUAUAGAUAUAUUGGUAGAUCCUUUUGCAAGGUCAACUCCAUAAACAAAGCAUUGAUGCAAUGGCAAUGUCAACGCCCCUCCCUCGCCGCCCAUUUUUGCCUUCUCCCGCCGCGCCGCCGCCACUUCGAUCCCCCCUCCGAUCGAUGCGCGCAUCGGAUCGCCGCCGCCGCCGCCGUCUCGUCUGAGUCGUCCUCAUCACCACCAUGGGCAACAGCUUGGCGAGCCUGGCGACGCCGUGCUUCGCGGACGCCGCCGCCGGUGGUGGGCGCGGGCGCGGUCACCACGCCGCCGGCGACGACGCCGUUGCGUUCGACGACGACGACGCCGCGGGGGGCUGCAACAGCAUCGGUCACAUUCUGAGCUUCGAUGGACGCGAUGCGCCGGCGUUCGCCAUCCAUGGCGUGUUGCUGCCGUCGAACCCGUCGACGAUGGCCUCCACCGGCGGCGGCGGCGGCGGCGGCGCCUCCGUCCUCAACGACGGCGCGCUGUCCAUCGGGUCGUCGUCGUUCGACAGCUCCAACUCCUUCUCGUUCCGGACGCUCCAGCCGCGGCAGUACUCCGGGCCACUGGAGUACUGCACCACGUCGCCGUCGACGUCGGGCGCGUCGUCGUCGCGGCAGCUCGGCCCGCGCACCGACAAGCAGAUCCUCAACGACAUCUACGCCAACCGGCAACGCCGCCGGUGUCAGGGGUCCAAGGGGCCGCCGCUCCUCGGCCGCCUCCGCAAGGCGGUGGCGUCGCUGCUGCGCGCCGGGCCGUGCGGCUUCCCCGAGCAGGAGGAGCCCGCCGCCAUGAUCAACGGCGUCGGCGUGGUGAGGAACGGCGAGGAGAGCAUCAGCCGGAACGUCGACGCGGCGGCGGCGGACGACGGUGCGGAGAGGGUGCAGUGGGCGCGCGGCAAGGCCGGGGAGGACAGGGUGCACGUGGUGGUGUCGGAGGAGCACGGGUGGAUGUUCGUCGGCAUCUACGACGGCUUCAAUGGCCCCGACGCCACCGACUACCUCGCCGACAACCUGUACGCGGCCGUGUGCCGCGAGCUCAACGGCGUGCUCUCGGAGGACGAGCCGGAUCCACCGGAGGCGGCGGCGGCGGCGGGGCGGUGCAACGGGUGCGGCGGAGCGGCGCGGCACCGCGAGGUGCUCGACGCGAUGGCGCGGGCGCUGCGGCGGACGGAGGAGGGGUACUUCGCGGAGGCGGAGGCGCGCGCGGCGGAGUGCCCGGAGCUGGCGAUGAUGGGGUCGUGCGUCCUCGUCGUGCUGAUGAAGGGCGCCGACGUGUACGCCAUGAACGUCGGCGACAGCCGCGCCGUGCUGGCGCACCAGGCCGAGCCGGACCUGUCCCACGUCGUGCUGCCGCGGGGCAGCCACCACGAUGGCGACGGCGACCUCGCCGGCGUGAAGGAGGCGAUCAAGCGGCAGUUCGACGAGUGCGAGAUGGGGGAGCUGGCGGCGCUGCAGCUCACCAUGGAUCACAGCACCAAUGUGUACAAGGAGGUGAGAAGGAUCAGGAGUGAGCACUUGGAUGAUCCUGGCUGCAUCACCAAUGGCAGGGUGAAGGGUUGUUUGAAGGUGACAAGAGCGUUUGGAGCUGGCUACCUAAAAGAGCCCCGUUGGAACAAGGCUCUACUAGAGGUGUUCCAGGUGGAUUAUGUGGGUAGCUCGCCGUACAUCAGCUGCCGUCCGUACAUCCGACACCACCGGUUAGGGGCGCAGGACAAGUUCUUGAUCCUCUCGUCGGAUGGUCUGUAUGACUACUUCACAAAAGAGGAGGUGGUGGCACAAGUGGAGGCCUUCACCGCCGGCUACCCCGACGAGGACCCUGCCAAGUACCUCAGCCACCAGAUUCUCCUCCGGGCCGCCAAUCAAGCUGGGAUGGGGUUCCAUGAGUUGCUAGAGAUUCAGCAAGGAGAUCGACGACAGUACCAUGACGAUGUCUCCAUCAUUAUCAUCUCCUUGGAGGGAAAAAUUUGGAGAUCAUCACAAUGAACUAAUCCUGUCCAUGUACUAGUGAUUAAUCUCUACCACCAAUAUUGCAUUGGUAGCAUACAUGAUGCAAUCUACAAUGUACAAAGGAUCAAUCAAUCACUGAGGGGGAGUAGCACAUGCAAUUUUUUUCCCCUCUUGUAAGUCAAAAUCAAUCACAAAUCAAUGAGCAAGUUUUGGCGGCAGUUUAUUUUUUAAUCUUGCUUCCAUCGAGUUUUAUGAA